GAGACCUGGUUUCAGAUGCCAGUCAGAGCAUCCUCAGGCUCAUUAAUAAUGGACAAGGCUGACAAGAGCAGCCUCACUUGCUUUGUGUUCCACCGCAGACGAAGGGAGACAUGGAUCUCUCUGUUUUGCCGAACAACAACCAUCCUGACAAAUUCCUGCAGCUCGACGUGAAGUCGUUCAGGAGGAGCUCAGCCCUUCUUCAGGCCAGCCUGGCAAGGUUUCCAGCGGGGGGCUACCCUGCUGCGCAGCAUUGGCAAAACCUCGUGUACACACAGAGAGAAAAGAAGACCAUUACCGAUCAGCGAAUGAGACUGUCUGGUGCAGAGAGUGCUGUGGAUCAUCCCCCACCAUCCCUGUCAUCAGUUCUGAAGAAUAACCCACUCUAUGGUGACCUAAGUUUGGAGGAAGCUAUGGAAGAAAGGAAAAAGCAUCCCUCGUGGACCGUUGAGGAGUAUGACAGGCAUUCCCUGCACACAAACCUUUCUGGGCAUCUGAAGGAAAAUCCUAAUGACCUACGGUUUUGGUUGGGAGACAUGUACACGCCCGGUUUUGAUACCUUAUUGAAAAAGGAAGAGGAACAAGAGAAACAUUCAAAAUACCGUCGCAUAGGUCUGAUUUUGCUCCUUGUUGCCUGUGUCUUGGUUUUCAUAGUGACUGUUAGCACAUUUUUCACCUGA